AGUUAACUACAAAAAGUCAUUCUUGCUUUUCAUUGUUUUGUUCGCGUACAAACCUCAUAAUAUACAUUCUCUGUUGACGGUGAUUUGAUUUAUAUAUUCAAUAAUAUACCUCAUUCUAGAAACAUUUAAUUUGAAGUAUAUUGUAAAGUGUUUAAAUAAAUAGCUAUGACUUCAACAUUGUCUGAUGAUAGAAAUGAGGAGCGCCGUCGUAGGGUACUGCUUGGACCACUCCCAGCAGGCUUCCUUCGUACUGACGGUGCAACAGAGACAGUUGAUGCUGAUUACCAGGCUGCUCUUGCAUUGCAGCAGCAACUAUCUGGCACUGCACAACUGCCUGGCGUCGGGACGCCUUACACGGCGAGAUUAAGCAUCACAAUAGCGCAAGCGAAACUAGUUAAAAACUAUGGACUCACCAGAAUGGAUCCAUACGUACGGAUGCGAGUUGGACACUGUAUAUACGAGACCCACACUGACCCCAGCGGUGGGAAGACGCCAAGGUGGAAUAAAGUUGUGCACUGUCUGUUACCACCCGGAGUUAAUUCCAUAUACCUGGAAAUCUUCGACGAGUGCUCCUUCACAAUGGACGAGUUGAUAGCGUGGGCCCACAUCACCAUACCACCGGCGGUGCUCAAUGGCGAGACACACGAAGAUUGGUUUCCACUCAAUGGUAAACAAGGAGACGGCAUGGAGGGCAUGAUCAAUCUCGUACUGAGUUACACUAUUGUCAGGACUGCUUGCUCACGUGUAGUGCAAAGGCGAAUAGUUGGCCCUGCGCCCGUGACGGCGUUCCCCCCAGUCCUGGUGGUGCCCAGCACGGGCAUGGGUGGAUACGCGGCGAUGCCGAUGUACCCCGCGCAACAAGCGUACCCGCAACCACAGCCGCAUCAGCAACCGCAGCAGCAACCGUUGCAACAACCACCUAUCACUGCGGAACAACUGCAACAGAUCGAAGAAAUGUUCCCGAGUAUGGACAAGGAGGUGAUAAAGUCUGUAUUGGAGGCGAACCACGGCAACAAAGACGCCACGAUCAACUCGCUGCUUCAAAUGUCAGAAUAACAACACUAAUGGCGUACAGCGACGGUUUACACUCCUAUAUUGCUUAGAGGUACUAUGACAUUUACGUUUCAGAUUUUCAUAUUAUACUAAGAACUUUGUACGGUCAUACAUUUAAGCUUUUCUAUGGGAAACAAAAACUCGUGCCCAGCUGCAUUAAUUAUUAUAAUUGUAUAGGGGCAUCCAUUAUAACGUGAACUUAAAAUACGUGGGUGGAGAGGGGAGGGGUCUGUCCAAAAACUAAGAACUUACCCUGUCUUAUCUAUAAAGAUGGAAGGCAAUGAAAAUUUUUUGUCAACUUUGUAUUCCAAAAAAUUUUACAGCCCCUACCUUUGUUAAACCAUCAAAUUAUGGAAUUGUCUUCUGUGAUCUGUGUAUCCUACCAAGUAGAAGUGGGUUUCUUCAAAAGAGGCGUGAAAAAGUGUAUAAGCCAGCAUAGUAUAGGCCGCAGGAUAGAUGCAAUCUUGCAUUUGGACUUGCAGCCCACACAGAUGAUUUUCAUAAGCACUUACCAUCAGGUGGCUGUAGAGUCAAUAUGUCGUGCCAGUAUAGAAAAAAAGAAACCUAUUAUUUCACUGUAUUACUUAUUGAACUAAGCAAAUGUUACAUGCAUUUGUUGCAUGAAACAUUGAUGCAACAAAUUGAUUUCAUUUAAAUACUUUACAGUAAUUCUGUUGAUGUAAAUUCUUGGCAAUUAGUGCAGUCUGAAAUACAUCUUUACAAACUAGAAAGCACUUCUAUUUAUACUUUAUUUCAAUAGAAUUACAAGAAACAGAAAUACCUUUUAAAUGAAUUUACUAACAAAUCGAAGCAUCAAUUAAUUGACUCAAUCAUUUGUUUAUAUUUUCAUUGAAUUCUUUUGAAACAAACUACACUUUCAUGGGUUUUUUUUGCUAGGUGAAAAUGGUAUGGUAACCCCACCUGCGCUAACGGUAUACGCUGGCGGAGCACCAGUGAAGGGUGAUAGAUGAGAAUGGAAACAGGCCAGUUAGCCCAUCAUGAUAAAUUCAUAAGAAAUUAACCAUGAUAGUUUCCAGGGAAAACCGCGAGGAGGUCGACCUGAUUGGAUAUAUUACUAGCAAUGGGAUUCUUAGACUCCAUUACUAACAAUCUCUUUCCCCCCAUCACUUCCAUGGGUUUUUGGAGACUUCUGGAAGUAGCAUGUUUUCUUAAUUUUAUGAUGAUUCAUUGGUAAAACUCCCGUAAGGGGCAGAGGUGGGGUUUAACAAGACAAAGUGUGUCCAAAAGGGUUAUAGCUAUUAAGCCGACAAUUGCCAACAUAAUACAAAUUUCUGUAAUGGCAACCCUUAUAUUUGGACCAUGUUCUCCCACUUUCCUGAAGAAAAGUCCUCACAUAAUUAAUGGAUAUCCCUAAAUAACAACACAGUAAAAUGUCAUGUACUUCAAUAUCGUAAGCUUACCAGCCUCGUUAUCAUCCAUAAACUACAUUUCAAAGCGUUAUUGUAUAAAAUCAUUUAUCUAUGUACAGAGAAAUGCAUUUUAAAAUAUUUAAACAUAUUUUACACUUAAAUAUAAAUAAAAUUAAUAAUGUAUUAGUCUUCACGCGGUGUAAUGGAGUCGUAUAUUAUAUUUUAUUAAAUGAUACAUUGAGAUUUUGAAAUAUUGCCAUUAGGGUGUUAUGACUGAGAUAGUUCAUUAUGCUUUUUCGUUUCUAUACGGAAGCUUAUUGCCAAUUUAUUCCGAUGAGGGCGCUACUGUGCUAUAAACAAUCUUUGUCUCUACUUUUGGGCGGAAAAUUAAAUUAUUAAAAAAAAAUAUAUAUAUAAAAACUUUUUGUUUUUUGUCGUUAUAAAAUUGUUUUGUAAAGUCAGUCUUUGUCAGUAGAUUUCUAAUGGCGCCAUCUUUCGGAGCUCUGUGUAAGAUUCCCUAUUUUUAGCAAUAAGGGCUCUUAAUCAAAUUUACCCUAAUCAGUAGCUGCCUCUCUAAACAAAGUAUAUUUUUGUUAGCAAUAUUGCAAGUACAAAAGUUCAAAUUAGAAUUGACACAUUUUGACCAAAGCUAUAACAAAACUAGAUAUAUUUACUUUCACGAUAUUGGAAGUCUACAUUGUCUAGGGAGCUGUUCAAAAUUAUAAUAUAACUGAAACCAUGAGUUGUAAUACCUACAAUUGAUAUUUUUAAUUAUUUGACAUUUAUAUUUCGUUUGCUCACAAUGGAUUUUUUUAACGAUUGGCAACACCAAACAUUUAGUUUAAAAUUGUUAUUCCAUUACAUAUUAUAUUGUAGUUAAAUUACAUUGUUACUGUAUAGACGAUUUAGAUAGGCGAGCAAUCAAAAUUAUCGAAUCUUACAAUGACUUAAUGAAGGUUUGAAUAUUUCUGAUUGCCUGUCCUCCAUUUUUGUUGCAUGCAACAUUUGCACUCAACCGGACUUUGUAUAAAAGCCUUAUGGCGUUAAGGGCCCACGAUCCAGAGUUGUUCUUGCUUUAAAGGUAAAUAAUUUAUUUCGACAGAUUGCGUAUAUUGGAAUACACUAAACAAUACUAUCAUAUUGGGUAAUGCGACCCAAAAUUUUAACAUCAUAAAACGUAAUCACGGAGCGGUUUAUCGCUUCGAUUAAUCUAUAUUUCUGAAUUAAAUUUGUAUACCAUAUCGCUACACACAUACCACCGGUUGUCGCUUCUGACCAAAGAUAGUCUUACUGAAAGAUUACUUCUAGCGAUACGACCGUUUUUACAACAGCUCACCAUCGGGCGGAUCGUAUGCUUGUUAGCCAAUUUAUUUAUAAAUAUAAAAAAAAGUGUUAAGUGCAAAUGUUGCGCGUAAACUUUUUAAAAAAUGGUUUUUACGCUGACUUCAGAACAAUUUCGCAUAUAUUGUUCAUUAUACAGUUUGAAAAGUAUAUCAUUAUUUUUCAAUAUCAUUUGAAAUAAUCUCAGACUAGAAUUCCUGUGUUCUAGUCAAGUACGACUCGUAUUUAGAAAAAUAUAAUAUCCUAAAUUUGCUUAAAGCAAUGUACUUUGUCUCUUUAUUUUUUUAUAGAUUCCACAUUAACAUGUUUUUUAUAUUUAAUCAUUAAUGUUAACAAUAUACAAAACAUAUAUCUAAAUAUAUAAUAUAUAUAUAUAUAUAUAUAUAUAUAUAUAUAUAUAUAUAUAUAUAUAUAUAUAUAUAUAUAUAUAUAUAUAUAUAUAUAUAUAUAUAUAUAUAUAUAUAACAAUAAUAUUUAAAUUCGCUUACAAAGCAAUCACGCCUACCAAUAUCUUUCUAGUAAAGAGAUUAUUUCCGUUUUAGAGUUUUGAUGCCAAGUAUCCUUUCGAGCGUUGUUUUAUAUCAUGUAUUUCAUAGAUAAAAAUAAUUUUCCCAAAAUAAAUCUCCGUAAAAUAAUCUUAUAUACCCAUGCAGUAUAUAAGUGCCCAGAGGAGUCCGCAAUGCAUUUUGUAUCUGAAGGCAGCGUAAAAUCUUUAUUACCAACUAUAUAGUACUCGGUGGCCAGUAUGUUGUUUAUGUCUCUAGACAUAUUCAACAAAUAGUACGAUUCGACUUUACCGCGACUAUUAGAUUAAGUUAGCCAUAAGCAUUCACUACGCAAUAAUAUUUACAACAAGGGACUCGGGUCGACGAUGAAAAGUGUUUACUAUAUUUUUUUUAUACAACUUAGAAUGGCAAACAAGCUGACGGUCCACCUAAUGGAAAGUGGUAACCGUCGCCUAUAGACAUGAGCAGUACCAUGGACGUAACAGAGUAUACUGUUUCGCCAAUGAUACCCCCCAUGCGUUGCCAUUCCUGACGACUCAGAUGUUAUUCUUCUGUACCCAGUAAAUUCACGCCAUAUUCGGGUACCUCUGUCCCAUUCGUGUUUCAACCGUGAAGCAGUUGUGUUUGCAUAGCUGUGUUUCGGUUUGAAGGAUGGGAUAUGGCGUCAAUUUACAGGGUACAGAGGAAUAACAUCUGAGUCCUCAGGAAUGGCAACGCAUGGGGGGUAUCAUUGGUGAAACAGUAUACUCUGUUAUGUCCAUGGUACUGCUCAUGUUUAUAGGCGACGGUUACCACUUUCCAUCAGGUGGACCGUCAGCUUGUUUGCCAUUCUAAGUUAUAUAAAAAAAAAAAGAAUUAAACAAAAUAAUCCUUAUCAAGUAACCAGCAAAAAAAUUAAGCGUAACAAAUGACGCUUAACAUAUUUAGCAACAAUCGUAUUGAACAACAAAGAGUUUUGCGACAUGAAAGAUUUCCUUAACUGUAGAACUAUUUCAAAAUACUCGAUCAAAUUUAAUUAUUAUUUCAUAUUAUAACUAAAUUUUUAGUUAUUAUCUGAACUAUUUUCAAUAUUAAUUUUUGAAUGGUAACAGACAUUGUAUAUUUGCAUGGCGUCGCCUUGACGAAACAGCCAAGUUAAUUGAAAAUGCAAUAUUAACAGGCAAAUACAUUUUUAUUGUUAUUAAAAUUGGCCAAAAGUUCGCGUCAUCGUUCAUCGUCGUGUUAUUAGCAAGUUGUUGAUCAAAUCUUGUAUCGCUUUACUUACUAUUAAUUGAAUUUCUUUGGGGGGGUAUAUUUAUUUAUUCAUUAUAAGCAUACUCUCCCAUUUAACCUUAGGGAAGUGUCAGAAUACUCGAAUGCGGUACUACUAAUUAUUGAUAUACAUACAUACUAAAAUUACAUAUAUAAACGAAUACUUAUAUAUAUUUAUAUAAGCAAACUUAAGCAUUUGGCGUUCCAUUGUUUCUGCUUACCCUAAUGGGAGACAUUCGUGGCAGAUAUGUAUGUAAAUAUAUAUAAAUAACAAAUAUACUUACACAUACAUAAGAUAUACUAUAUUGUACACGAAGUUGAGACAAAUAUAUAGUACUUACUGCUCGGUUAAAGUAUAAAAGUGAGCAUAAACGAUAGUUUAAAGAAUUCGUUUAGCCGAUUGUAGAAAUCAGAGACAAGUGUAUAGUUGACACCAAAUACUGGGUUGCUAUAUGUUAUGGUCUUACCCUCGUUUAUAACGUAUCGAAUGCAUGCAAGUAUUUUUAUAAGCUUUUAGCAGAUGUUCACAGAUAUGAAAACAAUGUAAGUUUUUUUUUUUUGAUUGGUGCAAUAACAUAAACAUUGCUCCCUAUUAAGAAAAAAUUGUGAUAUUAAUGUAAAUCGCUUAUUGUUUAUGUAUUGAUUUAUAUUCUAUAAGUUUCCUAGAGGUGCUAUGUUUGCGGCCACCCAGUUCUGUAUAGUUUAAUUUAGGGUCUACAUGACGAGGGACAACCUUCGGCGUACUUUAUAGGGCUCUAGUUUCGUUGUAUAACUAUAUAAGAGUCUGUAACAAGUUUAAUCACAGUGUCCAUCAAAAUACAUGUCGUGAAAUAUGAUCGGCCACCUUUUAUUAUGGCAUUGCUCGCCAUUGAUUGGUAGGACAAUUCAUUCUUAUACGCUAGAAUGUAAAUGGUCACAGAAUGCGCAUUCAGAGGGGUUUCCUCUCGCGAACGCUCGAGAAAUGAACUCGCUGCCGAAGUUUUAUCUAGAAACUACGGUAUGGCAUUUUUCUAAAAAGGAAGUAUUAAGUUUUCUUUCAGAAUCGGCAAUACGUGACACCCCUAGUGUUGCAGGCGUUAAUAGGCUUCAGUGACCAUUUACCAUCAGACGGACUAUAUGCUUGUUUACCAUUUUCGUGGUAUAAAAUAAGACAUGUAUUUUGAUGGUGGUUAUGACUUCGAAACAAGCAAAAAUAAUCUUUUAUACAUGUAUGUAACUUGUAGUAAAUUAUCUGCAAUUUUAUACACUAUGUAUAUGUUUGAUGGAAGAUCUCUCGUCUUCACAGGUCUAUGUUUUGGCACGUAGUGAUAGUAAAGCUAGCAUUGGUACGUAGACUCACCUGCUUAUCGGAUGUAGACGAAAUCUAUUGGAUAAUGGCUUAAAGUUAAUUGUAACAGCGUCGUUACUGUGUGACUAUCUUGAAUUAGCUGGAGUGAAGUUACUUCAUUGGCUUUGACUUGAUGUUAAUAACUCACUUUUACUUCUCUAUCUGUUUAUAAAAGAUAUUUUAAGAGAAAUGUAAACAAAUAAUGAAAAAGAAAAAUAAUUAUUUACUGUGUAACAAAUAAGUGUAGACAGAUUCAUUAGCGUCUUUUUAAAAGGUGUGUUCUAGCAGUGUAAUUGAAUAUUAUUCCAAAAGAAACGUGGAUUUUUUUUAUAUAAUUUUUAUGGUAUUUUUUUUAAUUUUUUUUAAUGGGUGAUAAUAGAAUAGUAAUAUGCGCUAUCGGUAUACACCGGCGGGGCACCAGUAAAGAAUGAUAGGUGAGGAUGAAGCAGAUCAGUUGGCCCAUCGUGACGAAUUCAACAAGAAUUGUUCACGAUGGUUUCCAGGGGGAACCACGUGGAGGUCGACCUAGUAGGGCAUAUUGCUAGCAAUGGGGCUGUCAAACUCCAUUGCUAACAAUCCCUUUCCCCCCAAACUAAUUUUUGUGGUUUUAGUGUUGCCCAUUAUGCCACUAAUAAAUAAAAAGUUUUGAGCAUAUUAAUACUAUUUUGACAUUGUUUUUCAUCCCGUUUCUUUGGUAAUAACAUUCUGUUUCACCGGUAAAAUAAUAAACAGUCCCAUUUACAACCCAACCUCUCUCUCACUCCCCAGCUAUACCGUGCAUACAUUUGUUAAGCUAUAUAUGAUAACAAUAUUUUUAUCACUUGUAAUGUUUACAGAGUAAAAUAUUUAGAGCAAAUAUCAAGUGUAAAGUAGUAUCUAAUAUUACAUAUAAAAAGAUCUCAAUUAAAAUUUACACUAUUCAAGAUAAUCACACGAGUGAAGCAGAUUAAGAGCGAACCCAAAUCAGCUUCUCGGCUAAAUUUGUGCCAAAUUAUUUGCCAUCGACAAAAUUUGCUUAUAUUGUAAUAAACAAAAUAUUAUUGUUGUAUUUAUUUGUAAUUUUACAAUGUAUAAUAAUAAAUUAUUAUCAACCUUAA